CUAUAAAUGCGCGGGCCGCCGCCGGGCCCCACAGGAGCAGCCGCCCGGGGCGCGGGAGCUGCGGGCCGCGCGGCCGGGAUGAGCGCCAGCGCCGGUGGCGGCGGCGGGGACAGCGGCGGCGGCAGCAGCAGCAGCUCGCAGGCCUCUUGCGGGCCCGAGUCUUCGGGCUCCGAACUCGCCCCCGCCACACCGGCGCCGCGGAUGCUGCAGGGGCUGCUGGGCUCCGAUGACGAGGAGCAGGAGGACCCCAAGGACUACUGCAAGGGCGGCUACUACCCUGUGAAGAUCGGCGACCUGUUCAAUGGGCGGUACCACGUGGUGCGCAAGCUGGGCUGGGGCCACUUCUCCACCGUCUGGCUCUGCUGGGAUAUCCAGCGCAAGCGCUUCGUGGCCCUGAAAGUGGUGAAGAGCGCGGGGCAUUACACGGAGACCGCUGUGGAUGAGAUCAAGCUCCUGAAAUGUGUCCGGGACAGUGACCCCAGUGACCCCAAAAGAGAGACCAUUGUCCAGCUCAUCGAUGACUUCAGGAUCUCAGGGGUUAACGGAGUCCAUGUGUGCAUGGUGCUGGAAGUCCUGGGCCACCAGCUCCUCAAGUGGAUCAUCAAGUCCAACUACCAAGGCCUGCCCGUGCCCUGCGUCAAGAGCAUCGUGAGGCAGGUGCUGCAUGGCCUGGACUACCUCCACACCAAGUGCAAGAUCAUCCACACAGACAUCAAGCCCGAGAACAUCCUGCUGUGUGUGGGCGACGCCUACAUCAGGCGCCUGGCCACGGAGGCCACAGAGUGGCAGCAGUCGGGGGCCCCGCCCCCAUCCCGUUCCACAGUCAGCACUGCCCCCCAGGAGGUCUUGCCCGGGAAGCUGUCGAAGAACAAGAGGAAGAAGAUGCGGCGCAAGCGGAAACUGCAGAAGCGGCUGCUGGAGGAGCGCCUGCGGGACCUGCAGAGGCUGGAAGCCAUGGAGGCGGCGGCCCAGGCCGAGGACGCUGGCUCGAGGCUCGAGGGGGGCAGCGGCUCCACCUCCUCUUCCGGCUGCCACCCCGGGGGCGGGGCCGGGGCCGGCCCCUCCCCCGCCUCCUCCUCCCCCGCCACCGGGGGCGAGCGCAGCCUCAGCCCGGGCUCCCAGACGUCAGGCUUCUCGGGCUCCCUUUUCUCUCCCGCCUCGUGCUCCAUCCUCUCAGGCUCCUCCAACCAGCGGGAGACCGGGGGCCUCCUGUCGCCCAGCACACCGUUUGGUGCCUCGAACCUCCUGGUGAACCCCCUAGAGCCCCAAAACGCAGACAAGAUCAAGAUCAAGAUCGCAGACCUGGGCAACGCCUGCUGGGUGCACAAGCACUUCACCGAGGACAUCCAGACACGCCAGUACCGGGCCGUGGAAGUGCUGAUCGGAGCCGAGUACGGCCCCCCCGCCGACAUCUGGAGCACGGCCUGCAUGGUACGCCCCAGCUGCCCUGGCCUAGGGCAGGUCCCCCCCCCCACCCCGCCCCCGCCGGCAGCCUCACCUUCUCCCCCUUCCAGGCCUUCGAGCUGGCCACCGGAGACUACCUAUUCGAGCCUCACUCUGGAGAAGACUACAGUCGUGACGAGGGUAGGGGGAGGCGGGCCCUGGGCUCAGCCUGGGGGCCUCCCGGCCGCCCAGCCACUGCCCAGCCUCCUCUCUGUCCACAGACCACAUCGCCCACAUCGUGGAGCUUCUGGGAGACAUCCCCCCAGCCUUCGCCCUCUCGGGCCGCUAUUCCCGGGAGUUCUUCAACCGGAGAGGAGAGCUGCGGCACAUCCACAACCUCAAGCACUGGGGCCUGUACGAGGUGCUCAUGGAGAAAUACGAGUGGCCCCUGGAGCAGGCCACGCAGUUCAGCGCCUUCCUGCUGCCCAUGAUGGAGUACAUCCCCGAGAAGCGGGCCAGCGCAGCCGACUGCCUCCGGCACCCUUGGCUCAACCCUUAAGCCCCACAGGCACUCUGUGCAGCUUGAGGCGUGCCUGCCCCCCCACCCCCUCCCAGUGCCUUCAGGGAAAGCCGGUCGGCUCCUGCCACCCUGCGAGCCACCCCUCGGGAGCUGCCCUCCUCCACCCUGCAGUGUACGAGCUCUCUCGCGCCCUGCGCCCCACGCUCCGCGACAGGGCAGAGAGAUGCUGGAGCCAGGCCCACCAUUCAGCAUUUGUUCUGUCCCCAGCCCUCACAGAGGGGCCCCGGACGGGAAGUGUGCGUGUUUCUUUUCUUAAUAAAGUGUGAACUGAAA